GCAAUUAUUAUUAUAUAUAUAUAUAAUAUACAAAAACUAGCUAGAGGAGCCAUGGCUGCUAAAAGCCUAAAACCCUAAACCCUGUUCAACCGCUACGAAACAUCGUCCUAACCAGGAAGGUGAAGAGCAGAAAUGAACAUAGCCAGAAAUCUCUCUGCUUCAAAAUCCAGAAUAAAAUCCCUACUUUCCCUUUCUCCCUUUGCCCAAUCUUUAGCAUCUCUCUCAAAUACCCAAUUUCACCAUUGCCCAAUGCCCCCACCUUCACUUUCCCUCUCAUUUUUCUCUUCACAAUCCACCAAUUCAAACCCACCACCUAAACACCAGCCUUCUCCUUUGCUCCUCAGCCGUGAUGGAAAUUACGACGAUGCUACUCCUCCCACUGCCGUCUGCCCCGGCUGUGGGAUUCAUAUGCAGAACUCAAAUCCUAAACUUCCUGGUUUCUUCACCAAGCCCUCAAUCAAGGACCCGAAUUACAAGUCCAGUACCCAUCUCGUUCCUGUUUCAUUGGAAUUUGAAUUCUCAAAUUCCCUGAAAAAGGGUGUUGUAACUGAUCCUGAAAGCCCUUCCAGUAAUCCUGGUUCCACCCAAAACUCGGCAUUGGAGAGACCUGUUGUGUGCGCGCGGUGUCACUCUUUAAGACAUUAUGGGAAAGUGAAGGAUCCGACAGUGGAGAACUUGUUGCCGGAAUUCGAUUUUUACCACACGGUUGGUAAGCGUUUGGUGUCGGCUACUGGAGCCCGCUCAGUGGUUCUUCUGGUCGUUGAUGCGGUGGAUUUUGUUGGUUCGUUUCCAAAGAAGGUAGCCAAGUUAGUUUCGGAUGCAAUUGAGGAUAAUUUUACUGCAUGGAAAGAAGGGAAGUCAGGGAAUGUGCCUAGAAUUGUUCUUGUAGUUACUAAGCUUGACUUGUUGCCUACUUCUGUAUCACCUACUAGAUUUGAGCAUUGGGUCAGACAAAGAGCGAGGGAAGGUGGUGCCAGUGUUAUAAAGAAAGUGCAUUUUGUAAGCGCAGUUAAAGAUUGGGGAUUGAAGGAUUUGGUUGAGGAUGUGAUUCAAUUGGCAGGGCCUAGAGGGAAUGUGUGGGCUGUAGGAAUGCAGAAUGCUGGGAAAAGUACAUUGAUAAAUGCCAUGGUGAAGUGGGCUGGUGGAGAUGAAGGGAAUUUAUCGCUUCUGACGGAGGCACCUGUUCCUGGAACAACAUUAGGAAUUGUUAGGAUGGAGGGUGUUCUUCCAAGGCAGGCAAAGUUAUUUGACACACCGGGGCUUUUGAAUCCUCAUCAGAUUACAACACGGCUAACUAGAGAAGAGCAGAAGCUUGUUCACAUUGGUAAAGAGUUGAAACCAAGAACAUAUAGGAUCAAGGAAGGCCAUUCAAUUCAUAUUGGUGGUCUUAUAAGGUUGGACAUUGAAGAAUUAUCAGCAGAUUCUGUAUAUGUCACAGUAUGGGCAUCUCCAUAUCUUCCAUUACAUAUGGGGAAAACAGAAAAUGCAAACACUAUGUUAGAAGACCAUUUUGGUCGUCAAUUACAGAUUCUCCAAGUGAUGCUACUAACAGCACACUGACAUCUCCCGUUCAUAAUUUCUUACAGUGGAAAAAGAAACCCCUUUGCUCAUGCAAAGAACUCGCACUUGAUUUUUAGAGUCCACAGGGAUUAUAUUUCCAGUGUACUCGAGGUUUACACAAUUAAAAAGCUCACAUUUGAUUAACAUAAUUAUGUUUAUACAUCGCAGCAAAUAUGCAGCUUGCCCGAAAUGCUUCAAGAGGUGCUACUCCAUUACAAAUACAAGAUAUAUUUUGCAAUAGAUGAGACUCCAAUUACAAUUGGAGAUCGUAUUGAACAAUACCAUUGCUCAUGUGGCAAUCUAUGUUGAUUCUAGUAAAUGAGCAAACUUUAAUUACUAAUUUAAUAAAUGGUUAAUUAGCGGUAAAUGUGAAAAUAUUAAUUACUAAUGCACCCAACAAAGACUCCUCUCCUUACUGUUGUGAAUAUUUUAAUUAAAUAUGUUCCAUUAUGAAUAUUCUACAACCCAUCUUUUUAUAUUUUUAACAAAUACAACAAUAUACUGCCAUUCAUAAUUCUAUUAUCUUGUCAUCAUACAUUGGAUUAUGGCAUAUUUAUUUUAUUCUCAAACUAUAAAUGCUAUUUUACAAUAUAACAUUUCAGUAUUACUUUUGUUGGUGAUUAUUUCAUGAUAAGUUCAUAAAAUUUCAUGUGAUGUUAAUACUUAAAAAGUUAUUAAUAUAAUAUGAAAAAGGUAUAUUAAACCAGCAGAAUGUGUGGGCAUCUCACUAGUAUUCAGAUGAUUACUCUGUUAUACAGUUGUGGCUGCAUCUAUACUAAAUUUCUCUUAAUGUAAAUGCAUAAAAGAGAAACCAGCAUGCAUGUGCUCUUUUAGUGCUAAAAUUGAAGUUAUUAGAAUUAUACAUCAAAGGAAAUACAUGUACCAUAGCAAUUAGGGCAUUCUGUAAACUCAUAAACAUCCUUAGCACGUUUUCUGUUCAGAGCUUUCCAUUUUCCUGUACCACCACACAUAUCACCUAUACAAAAAACAAAACCAAUGUACUAUAGGCCAGUUUAAAGGGUGAAUAAAGACAAUGACAUUUUCAAAGUGCAUUUGCAGGAAGAUGAGACUAGCAGCCAUUGAAGUUAUUUAGAAAUAUAUAACAUAGACCACCAAAUGCAUGGUAUGGAAGGUUGAGGACACAAGAUAUAGAAGUGAGAGUGAGAGGAGAAAUGAAGAACAAGAAGAAGAAGAGAAAGAAAGAAAGAAAGAAAGAUAAAGGUAGACUAAGAAUGAGUUGGGAUAUUGACUAAAGAUUUAGAAGUAAUAGAUGCUUCUAUAAAACUGACCCUAAGUUCAAUAGAAUGAAGGGAAUAGAUCUGUAUUGAUUUUCAUUUUGAACCAACUUUGCAAGUAAGAGAUACAAAUUUUGCAUUGCAAAAAAAAAAAGGAAAACGAAAAGAAAAACCCUCGGGC